GAGGCUACGGAAGCUCAUCUGAUUCCAGAUAUGAUGAUGGAAGAGGGCCACCAGGAAACCCCCCCAGGAGAAGAAUGGGUCGAAUUAAUCAUCUGCAGGGCCCUAAUCCUCCUCCAAUGGCCGGUGGAUGAGGAAGGUAAAUGUCUGCUCUAAGAAGCAGACAACUGGACGUGCACAUUAAUAGAAAGAAACCAUCAAGAAAUGGAGUGCUGAUCAUGCCGGACAAGUUAGAUGAAUGUGUACGUCUAAACAAGGAUUGCUCUGUGUCCUCACAGACGAAUGAGGUCAUGCUGGGAAUUCCCUCCGCAGGGAUCUGGCAUGACUGACACGCAGUUCUAUAAAUGCACGUUUGUCUCAUCUUUUUUUGUAUCGUCUGUGAAAGUGUUAAUAUAGUUUUAAUAAGUAAAUAUUUUUAGGUUACAAAGCUGACUUCUCAACUUCUCAUCUUUAUAUAAUUAAAACUCAAAAAGCUGCAAAUUUGAAGGGAAAUAAAAGACUGGGUAUUAAAUACUAUUAGUGUCACCUUUUUCAACUUAUGAAAUAUUGUUCAUUGUUGGGUUUUUUGUUUUCAUUUAUAAAUAAAUCACUGUGCUUAUUUCAAUAGUAUGCAUAUGAUAUCUAUGCUCUUGAAUUAAUUUUUAAUCUUAAAACCUAUCCCAUGGAUCUUUAAUACAGUAUGUCUUAUUUGCUACCAAAUGUAAUUAGCAGGGUACUUAUAAAGCCAUAACCAACAGACCUGAGCUACAGAAUAUACGUUUGAUAAAUGGUCUUUAAAAUUAUGGACUUCAGUGCUGUCUGCCAAUUUUAGUUCUAAAGAUGCUACCUGUUGGCUUUAACCCCAUCUAAAUGCAGGUAACUCUUCUUCUUUCACUAGAAUGAAAGCUCUAUUUGGUUAGGGAUUUUUCUUCUUUAUCCCAGUGCUUUGAACAGUGGCUAUGUGUAAUAGGCACUGAAAUAGUUAUGAAAAAAUGAAUAAUACAAUUCUAUUUUGUGUUUAACAGUCUUUGGAUCCAAGGUGUUCAGGUAAAAGUGUUUUUGUAUCCAUUUGUAAGCAUUUAUUCAACUCUGCCUGGAAAUAGGAGUGUAGGGGCAUUAAUACACUGGUUUGUAUGAAGACCAGAUCACAGGAGGACAAGAUUGGAAGCAUGGAAUUGCAUUUAGAAGAUGUUGUGGUCCAAGUGAGAUAGUAGAUUGGACUAGGUAAUGGUAGUAGGGGUGGAGAGGUGGUUGCAUUGAAGGCAUAUUUCAGAGACUGGGAUUUGCUGGUGGGUUUGGUUGUAGAAGAUGUGGGUGACUGAAGAAACAGUGAAACUUGCUGAGGAUGGUUUAAGUGAGAGUAGAUAUGGGGGAUCAAGAGUUCCAUUUUGUAUAUGUUUGCAAUACCUUGUAGACAUCUAAGUGAAGAUACUAAAGAAGCAAUUGGUUAUCAGGGAGAGAUCCAAACUGGAAAUACAUAUUUGGGAGUUAUCUUCAUACUUAAAGCCAUGAAACUGGAUCAAGUCCUCCAAGAACUGUGCCCUAAACUCUCCAGGCAAUACUAACAUCCGAGGCCGGACUGAGCACAGUCAGUGAAGAACGAGGACUAAAAUCAUGCACGUUGUCUGAGAAGCCAGAAGAAACACGAGUGAGGUGUAAGCGAGAUGCUAGGUAUCCCCGAUUCAACAGCAAGUACGCAAAACAAAACACAAGUAGGCGGCCGGCACGCUGCAGCCAGAACCAAUCGCAGAAGCAUCCGCCCAAUCCACUCCCCACCCCGCCCGCUCCGAGCAGCUCCGCCCUUCCGCCUUCCCGGAAGCCUCUGGGCCGACGCCUGGCGGCCGCCUUGUCUGUGGGCAGUCGCUCGGGAGGUAUCGUCUGCGCUGAGACCAAUUCUCUGGCAUUCGCGUCGCGUCACUGAAGCCAGGGACUGGAGCGGCGUCAGCGGCCGACAUGACCCAGGCGGAGAAGGGAGAGGCGGAGAACGGGAAGGAGAAGGGCGGGGAGAAGGAGAAGGAGCAGCGCGGAGUGAAGCGACCCAUCGUGCCCGCACUGGUGCCGGAGUCGCUGCAGGAGCAAAUCCAGAGCAACUUCAUCGUUGUCAUACAUCCAGGUUCCACAACUCUGAGGAUUGGUCGAGCCACAGACACACUUCCUGCCAGCAUUCCUCACGUCAUUGCACGAAGACACAAACAACAAGGGCAGCCGCUGUACAAGGACAACUGGCUCCUAAGAGAGGGACUGAAUAAACCUGAAAGUAAUGAACAAAGGCAAAAUGGCCUUAAAAUGGUGGAUCAAGCAAUAUGGUCUAAAAAGAUGUCAAAUGGUACAAGACGGAUUCCUGUGUCCCCUGAGCAGGCACGUUCCUACAACAAGCAGAUGCGACCCGCUAUUUUAGAUCACUGCUCUGGAAAUAAGUGGACAAACACAUCUCAUCACCCUGAGUUUUUGGUGGGAGAAGAGGCCCUGUACGUUAAUCCUUUGGACUGUUACAAUAUUCACUGGCCUAUCAGAAGAGGUCAGUUAAAUAUUCACCCAGGACCUGGGGGCUCUCUCACAGCUGUUCUGGCCGAUAUUGAAGUAAUAUGGUCUCAUGCAAUACAAAAAUACUUGGAAAUCCCACUGAAAGAUUUAAAGUAUUAUAGAUGUAUCUUGUUAAUUCCUGAUAUCUAUAAUAAACAGCAUGUGAAAGAAUUAGUGAAUAUGAUCCUAAUGAAGAUGGGUUUUUCAGGGAUCGUGGUCCAUCAGGAGUCUGUGUGCGCCACCUUUGGAAGUGGCUUAAGCAGCACGUGUAUCGUAGAUGUCGGAGACCAGAAGACAAGUGUGUGCUGUGUGGAGGAUGGGGUCUCUCAUCGGAACACUCGGCUCUGUCUGGCAUAUGGUGGAUCUGAUGUGUCAAGAUGCUUUUACUGGCUGAUGCAACGAGCUGGUUUCCCUUACAGAGAAUGCCAGUUAACAAAUAAAAUGGAUUGCCUUCUUCUGCAGCACCUUAAAGAAACCUUUUGUCAUUUGGAUCAGGACAUCUCUGGGCUUCAAGACCAUGAGUUUCAGAUUCGACAUCCAGAUUCCCCUGCCCUUCUUUACCAGUUUCGAUUGGGAGAUGAAAAACUCCAGGCUCCAAUGGCUUUGUUUUAUCCAGCAACUUUUGGAAUCGUUGGACAGAAAAUGACAACUUUACAGCACAGAUCCCAGGGUGACCCUGAGGAUCCUCACGAUGAACAGUACCUGCUGGCCACGCAGAGCAAGCAGGAACAGUCUGCGAAGGCUACUGCUGACCGGAAGUCUGCAUCCAAACCCAUUGGAUUCGAAGGGGACCUUCGUGGCCAGUCCUCUGACCUUCCAGAAAGACUGCAUUCCCAGGAGGUGGAUCUGGGACCCUCCCAAGGAGACUGUUUGAUGGCUGGCAAUGAUUCUGAGGAGGCUCUCACUGCACUGAUGUCCAGGAAGACUGCCAUCUCGCUGUUUGAAGGGAAAGCCCUGGGACUGGAUAAAGCCAUCCUCCAUAGCAUAGACUGCUGUUCAUCUGAUGAAACCAAAAAGAAGAUGUACAGCUCCAUCCUGGUGGUGGGAGGUGGUUUGAUGUUUCAUAAAGCCCAAGAAUUUCUGCAGCACAGAAUUCUCAAUAAAAUGCCACCUUCAUUCAGGCGAAUUAUUGAAAAUGUGGAUGUGAUCACAAGGCCCAAGGACAUGGAUCCCCGGCUGAUUGCCUGGAAAGGAGGGGCAGUGUUGGCUUGUUUGGAUACCACACAGGAACUGUGGAUUUAUCAGAGAGAGUGGCAGCGCUUUGGCGUCCGCAUGCUGCGAGAGCGGGCUGCUUUUGUGUGGUGAAAUGGACAGAAGAGUCACUAUUGAAGACCAACACAAACCUUGUGUGGAAAUGGAGUCUUGGGAUAAGAAGAUGGUAUUCCUGUCUCAGAAUUCCUUUGUGGCUCUGUGACAACAAAUGGGAAUAAAAGCAUGUUGGAAAGUCAACAGCCACUCACAGAAGCCAAAGGGACCGUGACAAUAAGUUCACCUUCCUGACCUCACAGAUUCCCCAUCAACAUCAACGUAAUGCCAAGAGAGGCUGCUGGCAGAAGCGAACCGAGGAGAGAACGCAUCUGCUUCAACCAGAACGGACCGCUCAAAAGCAGCGAGUGGCGGUACAGUGGGUCUUCAGUGACCCCCAUUCUGUCCCCACCGGAGCAUCUUGUUGAGCUUUACCUGGACCACAGCACCUUCACUUUCCCCAGUCACGUGAACCACCAUGGAAGUUCGAGUCAGUUCCUUCUGGUGCAG